UUUAUCUCUCUCUCUCUCUCUCACACACAAACACAGUACUUUUGUCAUCUUCCAAACCAUUUGACUUCAUCAUUAAGCCUUGGUCGAAAAGUUUGAUCUUCAGCAAUGGCUUUUGCUGCUCUUGUUUCGGUAGCACAAGUCAGAGACCAAAUUCUGAAUCAUGACCAAUAAUAUCCCAUUCCUAUUCCUUCGGUAUAAUAAAUUGCAUCAAUCCAUUUCCACACUACUUUCUCUCAGUCACUACUCGAUCAUUUUUCAACAGAUUGGAACACUAUCGAGCUGAAAACCUUCCAUCAAUUUUGGAGAUCGAUCGAGUCAACUGUUGAGUUCAAUCAAGUCAGUCAUGCGAUCGAGUGAUUCUCCAGCUGCUGCUCCAACAUCAACCCUUGCGCCGACGGGAAGAAUUGAUGCGGUUGGUCUUGAUCGCGAUGUCGAGGCAAUGUUGAGUCGCCUCCGACGAGAUGCCGACGAACUCCAAAUCAUUCCGAUAGCUGGCGCAGGAGGAAUCGGUAAAACAACUCUGGCUCGAAAUGUUUAUCACGAUCCUUAUCUCAUAGACAAGUUUGACAUUCGUGCUUGGGUUACAGUAUCUCAGGAUUAUAAUUUUGGUAACAUUUUCAAGAAUUUGCUUGUUUCCAUGAAAGUGUUUGUCAAAGAAGAUAUAACUAGAUUGAGCAAAGAGGAAAUGGCUUUAAAAGUGUACCAAACCUUAACAGAUAGGAGGUAUUUGAUUGUAAUAGAUGAUAUGUGGAGUACCAAGGCUUGGGAUGAAAUAAGGUCGUAUUUUCCCAACAACUCCAAUAGAAGCAGGAUCAUAUUGGCGACGAGGCUAAAAGAUGUGGCUGCUUAUGUUGAUUCUUCGGAGAAAUUCCAUGAGAUGCAAUACUUGGAUGAUUUCCAAAGUUUGAUUCUACUUAAGAAGGAAUUGUGUAAAGGAGAAUGCCGUCUACCUAUGUUGGAAGCGAUGGAGAAUAUAGCAACAAAGAUCGCGAAAAGCUGUGGAGGGCUGCCCCUUGCAAUUGUGGUGACUGAGCGAGACUGAAGCCGACUGGGAGCAGAUCACUGCCAACAUAAAUUUGGUCAUCACAACAGAUGAAGAGAAGUAUGCUGCAAUAUUAGAUUUGAGUUAUACCAAUUUGCCUCAUCAUUUGAGGCAUUGUUUCUUAUACAUGGGAGCUUUUCCAGAAGAUUAUGAGAUUCGAGUCUCAAAAUUGGUGAAACUUUGGAUAGCUGAGGAUUUGGUAGAAUCAACUGCAACCAAAACCCCUGAGGAAGUAGCAGAGGUGUGCCUGGAGGAUCUGGUUAAGAGAAAUCUUGUUUUGGUUACGAAGAGGAAGUCUAAUGGCCGGAUCAAGAGCUGUGGCCUUCAUGAUCUGUUGCGCGACUUGUGCCUUAUGAGAUCGUUGGAAGAGAAUUUUCUACUAACUUUUAUGGGUUCGUUUUUUCUUCCUGAAAUCUUUGCAACGCAGCUCCGUAUUAGUAUUUCUCAUUCCAAUAUUCUUGCACACAUUGAUGGCUCAACCAUUCAUACUAUUAUAUGCUACAGUCAUAGUUCAGUAGACUCUUUGGAAAAAUUUAGGAAGCUCAGGAUAUUGGAUAUGCUAAACACCAGUGUCCCAGCUCAAGUGUUUGAGCUUCGUGAUCUUAGAUUUCUUGCUUUCAGCUACUCCGAUGCAAUUCUUGAAUCCACAUCAAACCUUGAGAAUCUCCAAACCUUGAUUAUUUAUCCAAACGAUGCAUCUAUAUUGGUUCAUUUUCCACUUGAAAUAUGGAAGAUGCCACGGUUAAGGCAUCUCAUCUCCCCCUCUGUCCAUCCCUUACCCCAUCUUGAUGGAGCAAUGUCUCCUUCAGAAAACUUACAAACACUUUCACUUGCAACCAACUUUGAAUGUAGUGAAAGGAUGUUGGAAAUGAUUCCUAAUGUUAAGAAGUUGGGCAUAUGUUACUAUGAAGAGAAGGUUGAUGGGGACUAUCAUCUAGAAAACCUUCAACGUUUGAAAAAACUUGAGAAAUUGAAAAUAGAGAUAUGUGCUGAUUUCUCUCGAGGCCAAGUCUGAAUCCUGUUUUUCCAGAGACGUUGAAAAAGUUAACCUUGAGUGGUUGGCGGCGUCCUUGGACAGAUUUGAGCAUUGUUGGUUCGUUGCCUAAUCUUCAAGUGCUCAAACUGAGAAACUAUGCUUGUGAUGGAAGCAUUUGGGAAACAAGUGAUGGAGACUUCAAGGAAUUGAAAUUUCUUCUAAUUGAUGAAUCAAAUAUUUAGAAAUGGUUGACAUAUAGCAGCCACUUUCCGAAGCUCAGGAGUCUAGUACUUCAACGGUGUCCUUCUCUUAUGGAGAUUCCAGAUGAUAUUGGAUACAUUCCGACACUUGAACUGAUUGAGAUUGAUGGCCGGAACAAAUCACUCGUGGAGUCGGCCAAAAGCAUACAAAAGGAACAAGAAACUGACUAUGACAAUUACAGCAUUCAAGUUCGUUAUUGAUAUGCUCUUUUGAUUGACGAGGGUUCGAAUGGCUGAGUCAAAGAGAGGUUGAAGACUCCUACAAAUGAGGAAGAUGAGAAGAGGGAAAAGAGAGAGAAAAGGAGUGGUUGAAGGCUCAAACGUGGCUGUUGGAAGUUAAGGGAAGAAAGUUGGUGGAGUUUGUUCCUACAAACAAGGAAAACCUAACCACUUCAACAACCACUCCAUCCAUCACUUGCAGCACGUUUUUCAAGGCUUGGGGAGCAAGUUGGAGACGCCUAUAUAAGCUGGGGAAGAGUUCUCAUUCAAAGUGCAGCUUGAGAGGGUGAUAGGCGAUUCUUGUACGAGUGUUAUGUUGUGUGUUACGAUAACAUCUUUUACAACACUCAUUGUUCCUUAAGUCUGCCAAGAGCUUACAAAGAGAAAUCAAGCCAUGUAGGGCAAUUGUGUACGAGUGUGAUUCCGCAUGUUGGGAUAACAUCAGAGUUAACACUCGUUGUUUUAUUUUGUAAGGUUUCGGAGUAUUACUCUUGAACCGAGUUUUGUUUUUUAAUGAGAGUAUCGUAUGUUCAAUACCUAGAGUCUUGUAAAGGUAUAGAACGUGAGUUGUUCAUUCUCGAUUUAGUCAUUUUGCCAUGAGGCGUCUUCAAGUUAUACUUUAUAACUUGAAGAAUUUUUGUAUCUCCUUGUGUCUUCUCCCAUUUUUAUUUAUUCCGCUGCCUUUUACUCUGUAAUUUUUGUGCGUGCUGUUCCAACACACUGCACAACAUUUUGUUCCAGAAGAAGCAACA